UAUAAUCAAUUCAUCCGAAAGUGGAUUGACGUCUCUACAAGAUAUUAUCCUAGUAUUCCUUCCAGCUACUUUAAAGUUUUUGAGAUGCAUAUGGGAGGGUGUGGAGGAUAUGUCGUCCCCGGUUUUAGGUCCUUUUCUGAUAUUGUAGGUGCUGUGCCUGGAUUUCGUUUUGAUUUUUCAUGUGCUGAUUUACAAUGUGGAAACGGUGGAUCAUGUUUGACGAAAAGAGGAAGACCUGUCUGCUCAUGUGGUCCAGGGUACAUUGGACUUCAAUGUGAAGUCAAAGUUGCUUAUUCCUGUAAAGACAUUGCUUUCUCUAGAGGUAAACCUACUGGAGAAUACAAGAUUUACAACAGACAAAACCAGCCCUAUAAAGUGCUCUGUGAAUUUCAUCAGACCUUUGGUUACACGUUUGUAUCAAACACGAAUAUGGCCAUCAACGUCGACGAUUUGUUCGAAAUCCGAUCUCAAGUGUUGGUCCGACAUUUGCAACAAGGUCAACAAUACGACUCAAAUCUGCAGCAGAUAUCCUAUUAUAAGAACAAGCCUUUGACAGUUAAGUACAACACAAAUGCUGGAUUCAACACUCCGGUAAACGCCAAACAGAUGGGUCCAUAUCUUUACCUUGGCUUCUUGGACGCAAGUACAGCAAGAUCCAGGUCGACACAAGGCUACAGCGUAAAUAACGCCGACCAAACCUUUCGUAACUGUGAUGCCAAUCCUAACAGUUACAUGGCUUUCUAUUUCAACAAGGGAAAUAAGUCUCCUGUUGGAUACUAUAAGAAGUGUUGUUACACGCCAUUGAUGAAGAAAUGGAUUGACAUAGGGGUACCUGUAAAUCGGGCUAAUCAACUUCCACAGUCAUACUUUCUUCAAUUUGAGAUGCACAUGGGGGGUUGUGGAGGAUAUGUGGUGAGCGGAUACAAUACACUUGCAAGUAUCCGCGGUGCUUCUCUGGGAAUGCGUUUUGAAUUAUGAAGUUAUGAAACGGAGCGGGAGAAAGAAAACAAAAGAUGAGA